AUUCGUCUUCUACUUCAAUUUCAUCCAAACUCCACACCAAAUCUUACAACGCGGCAUCAAAAUGCCACAGCAACCAGUCCGCAUCAUUGGAGCAGGCAUCGGAGGCUUGACGCUCGGUCGCUGUCUUCUCAAGCACGGGGUCCCAGCGGUGCUUUAUGAGCGAAUGCCCUCAACCCCCCGCCAUAGCUAUGGCGUCACGCUUCACGCCUCGUCUUAUAUGCCACUGCUGGAUAUUUUAGGCCUGGAUGAAUUCACCUUCAGGCGUCGUAUAGCCGUGGACGCAUCGCUAGGCGGGAAUGGGCAUAUUGAGCCAAAAUCCAUGGUCUAUCCUGGGAAGACAAAUUCCGUCUCGUUUCGUGCUCAUCGCGAGAAGCUAGAGAAAUUGCUUCGCGAGGGUCUCGAUGUCCAAUGGGAGCACCCCUUGGAAAAGGUGGAAGAAGCAUCAUCGGGGGUUGCCUUAUACCUGCAAAAUGGACAAAGGAUUGAGAGCUCGUGUGUAAUUGGGGCUGACGGACCGCACUCAAAUACUCGAAAAUCCCUCUCUCCUGACACGCCCUUUGGGAUCCUCCCAUAUGUCGCUUUCAAUGGCAAGCGACGAGUAAAGCGCGCUCUAUUCGACAGCAUCUACGCCCCAGCAUUCAAGGGUUCAAAUGUCUUGGAGAUGAAAAUAGACGAUUUUGUGUUGAAUAUAUCCAUCAAUGAGCAACAGGUUGAUGUGGUAAGCGUGAGUUGGAUCUUCUCGCGCCCGGCCAGAGGCCCUACGGAUCCUCUUCACAAACCCAAUCGCCCAGUGUCAGGAGCAACAGAUAUUCCGGAGGAGUUUUUCGAUGAAGUGGAAAACCUGAGUGGAUUAAGUCAGCCAUUCAAAGAGGUUUUUGACGCGGAAAAACUGAGGAUGGAGCGUGUUUUGCAUUGGCUUAUGCGUACAGUGCUUGUCAAACAGCAGGAGCUUCACGCACUCGCUAAGAAGGGCGUCUUUUUUAUGGGCGAUUCUGUGCAUGCAGAGCCAAUACUAGGAGGAGAGGGCGCAAACAAUGCCAUCACGGAUGGCAUCGAGCUUGCAAAAUGCAUCUCUACCUCUGGCCCAAGUGGCAUCCUAUCGUGGUACGAAGCCAGGUAUCCUGUGUGGGAGAGAGGUAUUCGCAAUAGCGAAAAUGCCAUCAUUGCGAUGCACAAUAGCCACAAGGCUUCUCUAUAGUGAUAUUUUAAUUGAGACUAGUUUGAAGACAAGGUAGCCGAGGUUUUUAUAGAAGCUGGUUCAAUAUAUGAAUGCCUCUGCUCCCGUUGA